CAUACAAACACACACACACACAGCACGAUGGAUGGUGACUCCUCCCCCAAUUGUCACACAAUGACAUCAUCACACGCACAUUCGCGCACAGCGUGUAGGACGUGUCGAGAGUGGGCCGGCCGCGGCGACGGAGCUGAAAGAAGCAAAGAAGAAAGGACGAAAGAAGGCAGGAUGGAGUCCGAAGAAGAGAAUGCGGUCAAGUCCUUUCUGCUCAUCCUUCUCCUCGCUGCCUCCUUCACGCCGGUGGGUCCGGCGGCCCCCCAGGGUCGCGAGGGUCCCGAUGGGGGUCAGGAGCGGGACGGCUGGCAGGUGUUCAGCUCGGCCCAGGACUCGGGAGGCGGUUGCGUGUGCACGGUGCUCACCCCCCUCAACGGUGCCUGCUCCCGAGACGCUCGCAGCAAGCAAGUGCGACAUCUGCUGGACAAGGUGCAGAACAUGAGCCGCUCCAUCGAGGAAUUGGAGCGGCGCAGUCGCCAGGACAUCGGGGUGGUGGAGAAGAUGGAGGUGGAGCUUAGAGGCCUGGAGAACAAGUUCAAAGAGGUGGAGGCGGGGCAUGAGAGCAGCAGGGCCAGGCACUACCAGGCCAUGAAGGCCAAGAUGGAGGAGCUGCGUCCGCUCAUCCCACUGUUGGAAGCCUACAAGGCCGACGCCCUUUUGGUGCGACGCUUUAAGGAGGAGGCAGCCAAUGUGACGGCGACGCUGGCCGAGUUGCACGAGCGAGUGGCCCCCGUGGACUACCAGGACCUGAACGCUCGCGUGGCCGGCCUGGAGGACCGCCUGCGCGCCUGCAUGCAGCGCCUUGCUUGUGGGAAGCUAACGAGAAUAGCCGAGCCCGUCACCAUUAAGACCUCCGGGUCCAGGUUCGGUUCCUGGAUGACGGACCCGCUGGCGCCCGCCGGAGACAACAGAGUGUGGUACAUGGACGGCUAUCACAACAACCGCUUCGUCCGCGAGUACGAGUCGCUGUCGGCCUUCAUGACAACGGACAACUUCACGUCGCACCGCCUGCCUCACCCCUGGUCCGGGACGGGCCAGGUGGUCCUGAACGGCUCGCUGUACUUCAACAAGUUCCAGAGUCACACGCUGAUCAAAUUCGACCUGAAGUCGUCGCUUAUCAGCCGCUCCCGCCAGCUGGACUUUGCCGGCUACAACAACAUGUAUCACUACUCGUGGGGCGGCCACUCCGACAUCGACCUGAUGGUGGACGAGGGCGGUCUGUGGGCUGUCUAUGCCACCAAUCAGAACGCCGGCAACAUCGUGCUGAGCCAGCUGGAUCCCGAAAGCCUCCGCGUGCUCCGCAGCUGGACCACCAACCACCCCAAACGCAGCGCCGGCGAGGCCUUCAUGGUGUGCGGCACGCUCUACGUCACCAACGGCUACUCGGGCGCCACCAAGGUCUACUACGCCUUCUCCACCAACUCGUCCACGUACGAGUACAUCGACGUGCCCCUCGCCAACACAUACGGCCACAUCUCCAUGCUGGACUACAACCCGCGCGACAGGGCGCUCUAUGCCUGGAACAACGGCCGACAGCUCCUCUACAAUGUCACGCUUUACCACAUCAUACAGUGACGGCGUCAGGAGGCUUCAUCGGGACGUCGUCAAAUCGUCUUGUCUUUGUCCUUACAUUAUGGUACGGCCACGAUGUUGUGACGUUGCAUCGUUGCGGCGUCGCGACACGACAUCGUAAUGACAUCGUAACGACAUUGUAAUGACAUCGUAAUGACAUCAUAGCAUAACAUCAUCGCGAUGCUUCAACAUGGCGGCGUUACAUUCGCGCAGGGUCACAAUAUGAUGACGUUCCAUCGCCGCAAUGCCAGGACAUCAUCCCGCUUUGUGAUGUCAUGCCAUCGUAAGAUGAUGUCAUCACUGCGUCAUGACAUGACAUGGGCAAGGCGUCGUGACAUUUUGACAUUGCCGUGACACCACUGAGGCUGUAACGUUAUUUUUGGAAUGUUUGGUUCGUUUUUAUUUAACACGCCAUCUUGUCGCACACUACCACAUCAUACAAUGACAUAAUUACACAUCAUGAUAUGACAUCAUCAGCCAAAAUCAGCUUGGACAGGCCGCAGCAUGUCCUCGAUUUGAUGCUUUUCAAGAAUUCGAAUAACCUCGGCUCAUCAGACCAUCGCCUUAUAAGACGCGAAGUCAUGAUGUCAUACCCCAUAAACAUUUGUCAUGUCAUCAUUUUGUAGUUUUUGUAAACACAUGAGGUCACGUGACUGAUUUGGUCAUGUUAGCAUGCCAGCUAGCAGCAAUACUAUUUUCUAUCGUCCCUUUGCCAAGUGGAACGUGACGUCAACUUUACGUACACACACUCAAACUCGCUUCACACACAGGGGUCAGGUGUUUGAUGCACGAGUGCACAUUUAGACACGUACACACAGACUUACAAGUAAACACGCGUAUACACACGGUGGACUUACUGGAAAAUACAGGAAGUUAAUUAAUAAUAAAAAAAUUAAAUACGGGCCUCUUUUUGUA